AGAACUUUAAUCUCUCAUCUAAAUAAUUAUUUCCAAGUGAGAACUUACUCUACUCUCCCAGUGUUGUCCAGGAUAUACACUAAAUACAAGGCGCUGAAGAAAUCAAAAUGUGCAAAGACCCCCUGCACCACUUCCUCCACGGACUGCCCAAAUGCGAGCACCACGUCCAUCUCGAGGGCUGUCUGACCCCCGAGCUGAUCUUCGAGCUGGCCGCGAAGAACGGCGUGCAGCUGCCCGACCCGGGGGUCAACCCGGCAUAUGCGUCUGCGUCGACGUUGCUGGAGCGGUACCGGCGGUUCACCUCGCUGGACGACUUCCUGAGCUUCUACUUUGAAGGGAUGGCGGUGCUGCUGACGGCCGACGACUUUGCGGAGCUUGCGUGGGCGUAUUUCGUCAAGGCACACGCCGACGGCGUGCACCACGCCGAGGUCUUCUUCGACCCGCAGGUGCAUAUCGGACGGGGGAUCCCCUACGCAACGGUGGUCGAGGGUUUCGUGGCGGGCUGCCGGCGCGCCGAGACCGAGCUGGGCCUCACAACACGUCUGAUCCUGUGUUUUGUGCGACAUCUGCCGCUCGACUCGGCUGCGGAGGUGUACGAGGCCGCCCUGGCGCACGGCCACUUUGAGGAUCGAGUGGUUCACGGGCUGGGAUCGUCGUCGACGGAGGUUGGCCCGCCGAAGGAUCUGUUCCGGCCGCUGUUUGGCGCGGCCAAGGAGCGUGGUAUCCAGAUCACCGCGCACGCAGGCGAGGAGGGGGACCCGAGCUACAUCCAUACCGCGCUGGAGAUGGGGGCGCAGCGCAUCGACCACGGGAUCCGGCUGGCGGAGGAUGUCGAGCUGAUGGCCCGCGUUGCGCGCGAGGGCGUCAUGCUCACCGUGUGUCCGAUCUCGAAUGUCCAGCUGCGCUGCGUCACCGCCGUGUCGGAGCUGCCCAUCCGCACGUUUCUCGACGCCGGCGUGCCCUUCUCACUCAACUCGGAUGACCCGGCGUACUUUGGCGGCUAUAUUCUCGACAACUACUGCGCUGUGCAGGAGGCUUUCAACCUGUCGGUCGCCGAGUGGAGGCUCAUCGCCGAGAACAGCGUCCGGGGCAGUUGGAUCGAGGAGGCGCGCAAGACGGAGCUCCUUCAGCGGAUCGACGAGCAUAUUCGCCAGCACGGUACUCUCGCCAAUUAGUCUUGAUCCCUGUCGAUUGUCUACGAUGUCGUGUUAUAUAUAUUGUGUGGUUACGAUGAUAGAUGGAUAGAUUUGGAGAUACCCAGUGUUGUGUUUGGACUGUACAAAUCCCUUUAUGACUAAUAAUCAUGCCAAGGCUGAAGAUAUCACUAUCACUGUUUGACGUACUUGCUCUCUCCAACGAUGAAUGCCUCCAGCUUACUCCGCACCUACGCAGGAAGACUCACCUAUUCAAGACCUAU